AUUUCCCAGCAAUUGUUUAAAAAAAUUCGAUCACAUGGUCAUAAUGCGAAGACUCACCGCUGAUGCUGAAUCUUCGAAAUCACUACGUAAUAACACAACACGAAAUGUACAACUGAUGGAAGAGAAAACUUUGUAUUUUGAAGGGAAAAAUUCUUUCUAUGUAAGUGUUUAUUCAUGGUGUUGCAAUUUCAAUCACUUGCUGUUGAGCAAACUCAGUGUUUUUCUAAAGAUGGAGUCAGCUGAGUAUAUCUAAACAAAAAAAGUACCCAAUAAAUUUAUGUAUAUGUUUUUGCUGUUUCAUUACUCAUUAUAGGAUUUUUCUUCGUUUUUUCUUUCUUUCCUUAUGAUUUAGUGAUUAAAUUUAAUAAAAUUACUCAGAACUCAUCAUUUAUUGCUUGCGAUUGGAUCAACGAUGUAAAUUUGUACAAGUCCAAAAUUGGUGAUAAGGAUGGCUGAUUGUUUGGGUACGGGUCGGGGUCUAUGGUCGAGCGGAUUUUUUUCCUACGAAUUCGAAUGAAGAUUGGUAAACUUGGCUGUAACUUUGACGGUAUGACGUUGAGUCAUCGUUCGUGAUCAUGGUCAAGCUGUUGCUUGCUCAAAAUGCUGAAGUAAAUUUCCUUGCAAAGUUGCAAACGUAUUCCGGUAUUCUGGAAAAGAAGAUCUUACUUUAUUAUCGUUACUAAUAUUCGUUAUAGUUAUUGCCUUUCAGGCGUAUAUCGUCACCUAUGUAAACACAUUUCCGGUGCAUUUUAUUAUCCUGCUCUGCAUCCCUUCGAAGAUGAGUCGAUAUACAAGCGUUGAAAAGCAAUCGAUCUUUCCAUCUUACGAAUUUCAAUCGAAGUUGAAUCCGAAAAUCUUGUGAAUUGUGAAUGAUUAGUAACUAUAUGUUGGAACUGGAAGUUAUCGAGCGGUUAGUUUUAGUCACGGAAUCGAAGUCCAACGAAGCAUUUUCCACCGUAUGCCUCGAAAGUGAUAUUUGAAGUUCGUAUUGCAUCGAAGAAUGGAAAGUUAGUUUUCAAGAAAUUGAUCUAUGUGAAGCUGUGUACCUACUAGAUUUCAUCCCAACUGAUCGUCAUGUCAUAUGAACAUCGUUAUCCAUUCGAAGAUGAUGUUACACGCUAGACAGAUCCGGCUUGGAAUUCAAAUUUCGGAAUAUAUGAAUGAAGAAACUGAUCUAAAUGAUUUAAUCGUUGUUGAGCGUUUACCACCCUGACAGAUUUUCGUUCCGGUCUGUUGAAUUGAUUUAUUAUAUAAUCGUGGACAAUUUCAAAGUCAGCUAAUAAUGACGCGGAACAUGCUGCUAUCUAUGAUGAAUUUCAAUUUUUCUUUGAAAUUUUCAACCAAGCUGAUUAAAAGCAGAACAGAAUUUUACAUCGAUGGAACGAUGGAUACUGCUGCCCUCUUUAAUAAACAGCUGCUCUUGACAGAACUGCCUCGAAUUUCACCAUAUCGUACUUUGACCCCGGAGAUGUUGGAAAUAUCGAAACAGCGCUUUGAAGAACCAAUCCUCCAAAACAGUGUUGCCAGUUGUGGUGAAUACCUACUCGGAAUAUGCAGAAUUCAAGACCUGGUAUGUUGCUAUGUAUGGGAAACCCCCUGCUAGAUAUUUCAGCCCAAGCUGACGAUCAGUUCCUGAAAAAAUACGACUUACUGCCAAACAACGCUAUUCUAGCAGAUGCCAAACACGAACCUCUGUACGAAGACUUGAUUAAAAAUCACAAAGCCGAAUUUACAGCCGGCGGAGCAGCUCUCAAUACAGCUCGAAUAGCUCAAAUUAUCCUCAAAACAGUGAAUGUGGUUGUUUACAUGGGUUGCAUAAGUGACGACGAAUAUGGUAAAAUAUUAGAAGAAAAAGCUAGAUCAGAUGGUGUCGAUACGAGAUUUCAAUAUACCCACGAGAAACCUACCGGAACCAGCGCUGUGAUCAUUUCGAAAGAUGGAAAAUCUAGAUCAAUAGUGGCCAAUCUGUCAGCUUCCCAGAUGUUCACAAUCAAGCAUAUAGAGACGCCAGAGAAUAAGAAAGUUAUCGAAAAUGCUCAGUAUUUUUACAUCACUGGUUAUUUCAUCUGUGUAAGUCCUGAUACCGCGCUGAGUGUGGCUAUGGAAGCUUUGAAAAAUAAAAAAGUAUCUGUGUUGAAUUUAAGUGCUCCUUAUGUAUGCGAAUUUUAUCACGAAAGUCUGACUAAGUUGUUACCUUUCGUUGAUAUCGUUUUUGGAAAUGAAAGUGAAGCUCUAGCUUUUUCCAAGCAAUUCAGACUGGCUACCGAGUGCAUAUCAGAAAUAGCAUUGAAGAUGUCCAAAUUGCAUAAAUAUAACGAAAGUAGAAAAAAACUAGUGGUCAUUACCCAAGGAGAUCUUCCAGUUAUCGUGGCUGAUGGAUCACGUGUUAGAGAAUUCGAAGUUAUGAAAUUACCACAAGAUAAAGUUAUCGAUACUAAUGGUGCUGGAGAUGCCUUCGUUGGUGGUUUUCUAUCUCAGUUGAUUCUGCAACAACCAUACGAAACUUGUGUGAAAUGUGGAAUAUGGGCCGCGUCCGAAAUUAUACAACAAUCAGGCUGUGCUCUUCGUGCUGAUGCGGAAUUUUCUAUUUAAAAUGAUCGAAUUGAUGGCUUCGUAGUUCGUUGAUUCAUGUCGACUGAUCUAUUUAGAAUUUAUUGAUUCAUUUGAUGAUACUUAACUGUAUUAUUAUCAUUACCUACCUAUUGCGUUGAAAAUGUCGUGGAAUUAUCGCUGUGUAAAUUUUUAUAAUCGAUAUUUUGGAAUUUUUGUAUAAAUUAUUGGUAUUCAUCUGUAAAUUUUAAACGAUUUUGUUUUCAUUUUCUAUUAUUGUCGUUGUUUCUAUCUUGAAUUUGUUCGUUUGCAACUAUUUGGUUAUUAAGUAGAUGUGAUCGAAAUGUAAAAGAAUUCUUCUAAUUGUGUCA